CCUACCCUCCAAUUGAAAAAAAGAGGCUUGAGACUGAAACGUUGUCUGUGCAGUGUGAUUGUUUACACAUAAGUAUUUCCUGCAAUAUUAUCAAUAUAUAAAUAUAAUAAAUGGCAUCGACUUUACUGUCACCCAUGGUGGAUUAUUAUAACGACGAGGAAGAGCUAGACAGUGUGGAUGAAGAUGAAGAUCGCAGUUUCAGAGGCAGAGACUCGGAAGAAGACACAGAGGAUGCCAGUGAAACAGAUAUGGCCAAACAUGAUGAAGACGACUAUGUUGAGAUCAAAGAACAGAUGUAUCAAGACAGACUGGCAUCCCUGAAACGACAGUUACAACAAUUGCAAGAAGGCACACUGCAGGAGUACCAGAAGAGAAUGAAGAAGCUCGAUCAGCAGUAUAAAGAAAGACUUCGUAACGCUGACCUAUUUUUACAACUUGAGACAGAGCAGGUGGAGAGGAACUACAUCAAAGAAAAAAAAGCAGCGGUGAAAGAAUUUGACGAUAAGAAAGUGGAACUGAAGGAAAAUCUAAUUGCAGAGCUGGAGGAGAAGAAGAAGAUGAUCGAGAACGAGAAAUUAACAAUGGAGCUGACAGGAGAUUCCAUGGAGGUAAAAACCCAUAUAACCCGGAAGCUCCGGAGACGACCCAAUGACCCUGUGCCCAUUCCAGACAAGCGAAGAAAGCCUGCACCUGCUCAGUUAAAUUAUUUACUUACUGAUGAACAGAUCAUGGAAGAUCUAAGAACAUUGAACAAGCUUAAAUCUCCGAAAAGACCAGGUAUGGAGGUUUUGUCUUUUAGAGCAUCCCCGUCCUCUCCAGAGCACCUCCCGACCACUCCAGUGGACACCCCGUCCCAGCGGUAUGAGGCACGGAUAGAGGAGGGGAAACUCUACUAUGACAAGAGAUGGUACCAUAAAAGUCAAGCAAUCUAUCUGGAGUCCAAGGAGAACACCAAGAUCAGCUGUGUCAUCAGCUCUGUGGGGACCAAUGAGAUUUGGGUGAGAAAGACAAGUGACAGUACGAAGAUGAGGAUUUAUUUAGGGCAGCUUCAGCGAGGGGCCUUCAUCAUUAGACGCCGGUCAGCAGCAUAGACGUCACUCUUCCUCAUCUUUUAUUUUACAAACAUUUUAAUGCUCUUCCCGUUUUACUUAGUCGUCUUCGUCUACUACAUGUUGAAGCAUGAUAUUUCUUCCUGUCGUAUCUUCUUUUUCUAUCACUCUCACAUGUACUGUAUAGAUACUACCAAAGUAUACCAUGAAAUGUCUCACGUUUGUCCUUCUUCUUGCUUUUCUUUCUAAAUGAAUUUUGCAUUGUACAUGUAAUGCAGUCACCAUUUCUGAGGCAACGCUUUACUGUUUGAUUUCAAAGCGCUCAGAUGAAGCGUGUAGGCGACAAUUCACUUUGGCAUUCUAUUGUAUUAGCAGUAAGGCAUUUAUUUUGUUGUUUUGUUUGAUAUGUCAUGCCAUAAUCUAUUCUUUCAAUGCAUUUGAAAGUGUACAAGAUUUCAAAUCACUUUGCAAGUUUUAAUUUUGUAUUUAGUCCAACAUUAAAUAAAUUUGGCUCAUACAGUGCAAAACAA